CCUCCCCCCUCCCCUCUCCACCACCCUCACUCCUAUAAAAUCCUCUUACCUCCCGCUUUCCUCUCUCUCUUUCCUACUUUCUUUUUGUAUUGUGCGCAUUGGCGCGCAACUCCCCCCGUCAGCAUGGAUAUGAACCAUCUCAUAGGUCAGCGGUUCAACCUGAUUUCCAAAAGUGAUAUUCGCUAUGUUGGUACCUUACAUGAGAUCAACCCUGAAGCUUCAACGAUAGCUCUGGAGACUGUUGUUUCCUUUGGGACAGAAGGCCGACGAGGCAACCCUUCGGAAGAGCUUGCUCCCUCUGCCAGCGUCUAUGAAUACAUUGUGUUCCGUGGCAGCGAUGUAAAGGACAUCAGUGUAGCUGAGGAUAAGGAACCGGCAAAGCCCGAACCCCCUCAGGUACCUGAUGAUCCUGCUAUCCUGGGUAGCAUGUCCCGUCCAGGACCUGGUCCUCAAGGUCCCCCCGGGCCUCCCCCUCACUCUCAACCACCCCACCAAGCUCGCCCGGCUCCUCCUGGGUACCCUCCGCAGCCUCCUUUCCAAGGCUUCUAUCCGCCUUACGGACAGAGAUUUGGCGCCCCUGGAUUCCCGCCUGGACCAGGUUUUCCCAACAUGCCUUACGGAGCCCCCCCGGGAUGGUUUCCUCCCCCUGGUCAGGGAUUCCCCCAAGGACCGGGCCAGUUUCCUCCACCUCAAAUGCCCCUCGGACCUCCUGGCCCACACCAGACACCUCCGCCACAGCGACCAGGAGUCCCUGGCGCAGGUCCCGUAAACAUGCCUAGGGCAACUUCAGAGCUCCCGGUUGGCGAAAGACCAUCUAGUAAGCCUGCUAGUCGGGAUGUCACUCCGGCGCCUGCGGCGGCCACACCACAAGUCACUCAGAGUGCUCAGGCGCCCCCAGUUGACUCUAAACCUCCCGUAUCAGAAGCUUCACAGGCCCACGCCGGCGUCACUCACGGUGGGUUUGGUGUGCCUAGGACAGCACCCACUGGACCUAGGAAUGGCCGUGUACAGCCCGCGAUCCCGGUAACGGGCCCUGUCAAACCGCCGGUGCCCACUGUAGCCCAAUCUUCUGCUGGUGCCCCCGGGAAUAAUGUAUCCCAGGGCCAAGCUCAAGCGGCAAUUACCGAGGCCACUCGCGCGGCAACGGCUGCUGUUGCCGCCGCCAUGGCGAAGCUUCCGCAGCCUAAUGCUCAGAAGUCCGCGCCUGGGGACGCUGCUGUCGACGCAAUGACGAAGCAGAUGGCCGAGAUGAAAGCUUAUGAGUCCAGCCGUGUUUCACGGGGUGGUCACCAGAACCGUGGCGGGCGUGGUCGAGGCCAGUAUCAGGGCCAGACGAAGAAAUUCGAGGUCCCCAAGACGGACUAUGACUUUGAAACGGCCAACGCCAAGUUCAACAAACAGGACAUGGUCAAAGAAGCAAUUGCCUCUGGUUCCCCCAUUCAUGAAGCCGAGAACCCUAUGCCUGAGGGUGACGACGAAUCGGCCAGUGCUAGUGCGGAUGGCUACCAGCUUUACAACCGGACCAGCUCUUUCUUUGAUAACAUCUCCAGCGAGGCUCGUGACCGUGAAGAAGGGACUGGCGCCCGACAUGGCGGUCGCGAGUGGCGCGGCGAGGAAGAGAAGCGAAACAUCGAAACCUUCGGCCAAGGUAGCGUCGAUGGGUACCGCAGCAGCUACCGAGGCCGUGGACGAGGCAGAGGUUUCGGCCGUGGUCGGGGUGGUUACAAUCGCGGCUACUCGCGUGGCCGCGGUGGAAUUCGCGGAGGUCGAAAUGCUUCGCAAUCCACCGGCGUGCCUACCCAAACUUGAUACAGCCCAACCUAAACGCUUGGCUGUUUCUUCUUGUCUUUCCAUUCUUCUUUCUUUUUGAUCUUUAUUUCAUGAUCCACUUAGCGACCGUUUGACUUUUUUUUAUCCUGUGUUAUGGAAGUGUCGGAUGACUUCCAUGUGCUUUAUCUGGAAUAUCCCCGGCGUCUGAAGGUGUAUCAUCCUACGGCUAUUAACUCGGGCGUACCAUGCACGAUCUCCUAGGAUCAGCAGGUUACGGUGGCCUUGGUGAAUUCUUCUGGGAAGGCUUCUACUGUGGUGUCGAAUUUUAUGGCGUUUGUCCUUCUGCUUUACGCAUAGGUUGGUUAUGGCCGCCUUGCAUCAUGUCUGGAUUAUGAUAACAUUUGUCUGCUGCGCGUUCGGAUGCAUAACUUAACCCAUGCCGUGGCAUGGGUUUCUCUGGGUCGGAUGUCCGAGUUUAUUUCCUUUCCCCGAUUCCCCAACCCUUGGUGGGUGAUGUUGCUGGCCAGGUCAGCUAAUGCCUCUGACGGAAUACACUUUCUGUACCAUAAUACAGCAAAUCAUUCCCUGAAUGAAAAUCCACAAAAAAAGGAAGGCCAAUUGGUCUACCAAA